UGUGACUGGGUGUUAAUUUCCAGACUGCAGUAUUUCAAGGGGAUUAUGCAAGACCACUGGCCUGCUCUAUCUUCAAUUUCAACCAAAUAGAAAAGGACGACAAUUCGCCAGACAUAAGGGUUUCUGAAUUGACCUCUUGGCUGCAUUGCACAUCAAGUGAGUGAGAUAUGCUUGGAAGAAUCUGAACCGUGAAUUGCUUUUAACAAAUUGUAAGAAGGAUGCAGAUGCAAGGGGCUUGAAGCUCACACUGUCCAACACAACCAGGUCUGUUCCAAGAACUCAGCUUGCUUUCUCAUUCCACGACCCGGACUCUUUCUGAGGGCUGUCUGGCUCUGCUGUGUGAAGCCAAAGAGUACCCAAACUGCAGUUUUUGGUGUGAAAACGUGAGGGGGAGAGGGAGGCCCAGCCAAUACUCCAGAUACCCUGCUCCUGAUGUGAACUGUCUCAGGAAAGGAAGCCAAUCAGCAGAACUGUACAUAUCCUGCCACCUGCUUGAUAUGCAAUCAGAUUGGGCACAUCUUAGAGCUCGGAAACACAAGAUAUCAAAACUACAGGAUACUGCUAUUCAGGAACAAUGAAGGACAGACUUGAAGAAUUGAUCGAAUGUUCAAAAUUGUCCCAACAGCAAGCAGAGACCGAAGAUGAGGUGGAUUCCACUCGUGAAGGCUUGGUAUUUGAAUGUGACUUCAUUCUGCAGGUGCUUCACAAAGAAGUGCAACAAAUCCAAGAGGAAAAUGGGCGCCUGAAAGUGGACAUUAAACGUCUAGGAAAGCAGAACACUCGCUUCCUGACCUCGAUGAGACGUCUUAGCAGCAUAAAGCGGGAUUCAAACUCGAUUGCAAAAGAUAUAAAAAGUCGGGGUGAGAAGAUCCACCGGAGGCUGCAGGACCUAAACAAUUACAUCAAGGAGAUAACGAAUACACAUGGGCCUAAUGCUGCCAUUGUUCGGAUCGCCCAGGCACAGCACUUUGUUGUCUUGCACACUUUCCACAACGCCAUGUCGGAGUAUAACAAGGAGGAGAUGAGGCAACGGGAAAACUGCAAGACCCGGAUCCAGCGGCAGCUCGAGAUCAUGGGAAAAGACAUUUCCAACAACGAGAUGGAGGAGAUGAUAGAACAGGGGAAGUGGGAUGUGUUCUCCGGAAACCUGCUGAGCGAAGUGCGAGGGGCACGCACUGCUCUGUCAGAAAUUGAGCAGCGGCACCGGGAGCUGCUGGAGUUGGAGUGUCGUGUCCGUGAGAUCCAUGACUUGUUCCUGCAGAUGGCAGUUUUGGUGGAGGAACAAUCAGAGACCCUCAACAACAUCGAGAUAAAUGUGCAGAAGGUUCAAGAUUACAUGGGUGAGGCCAAAGUGCAGCUGAAGAAAGCUGUGGAACACAAGAGAAACAACAUUUGUCGAAAGAUCUUCUGCUGUUGUUGCCUCUGACAGAACAUGUGCCUGCCGUCAUUGUGUCAAUCCAGUGAAAUACUCUCAUCUCCAAACAGAUACUUUCACAUUGGAUUUUGAAUCAAAAGCUAGAUUUUGUCCCUUUCCACCAGAGACCACAUCAAUUAGAAAGGAAGUUGUAUUGCAGAGUUUCCUUUGCCUCCUACAGCUAUACAUGUAGGGCAUCCACUCUCCCAAAUCAUCAUACCCACUCUCCAAAAUUGAAAACUCCUUCCCACAUGCAUUUUGCCGAAUGUUCAUUAGUUUUGAAUCAUCAUCUGAAGUUUCUCAAAAGCCAGGCUUUAUCACAGACCUGGAGUUGUUUGUCUCUGUCCUGAACUGAAACGAGGGAAUGCAUCACAUUGAAAAUCUUCCACCAAUCAAGAUGACUGAAGUUUUCUUCUAUUCCCAGGAUGUGGGUCAAUGGCCCUCUCUGGUUCAUCUAAAAAGAUGGUGCUAAGACUUCCAUAAGGUCUGUUGCCCCCUUGCUGUUAAUCGGUGAUGCUUUGAACUUCUUAAAGACCAGCCUUUUUCAUCACAGCUGAGUUUGGGUAAAUUCUAUUGUGUGUUUAGAACAAGAGCUCCUUUUGUGCUUUAUUUGCUUUGGGCCAUAGCUCCAGGUCUCAGGUUUUUUUCUCUUCCCGCUGAAUCUUUGCUUCCUCAUUUUGGUCAGAGGACAGUUAGUGCCAGAGGUGAGUGAGAGGGCAGAGAAUGAAGAACAGGAGGAAGGAUUAUGAAGACCUGUACCGUGUGGCAUUUGAGCUGAUCAUCUACUCCUCAUAAUCACUUCCAGUGCAGCAGGACACAGACAGGGGCUGAAAUGAAAGUACUCAUAACCAAUAAGAGGACAGAAGUUCAGUGAUCACAAAUUCAAAUCCCAGCAAUGCCAAAUUAUGAAAGUGCCUUUAAUAAAUUUAAAACAAAGAAAUGAAAAUUCUGGAAACUUAAAAAAACAGAAAUUGCUGGAAAACACU